UGCGCGCGCAUCACCGUCCCAGCUUCUAGCACGGGAACAUCCAUUCGAAAAUCUUUGAUGGAAAUGAAUCUAAAUAGUGCUUAGUGGUAGCCUGAAUAAACAUUCGGAUUUGCUGAAGUAUCACGUUAUAUCAAAGUCAUGUCACCGCAUCUGCGAUGGCGCCGGGAAGCGGAGGCCCCUCCCAAGGUGGAGGCCAGCUCAACCUCUGUCACCAUUCAGGCUCCAGGAACAACAAAUGCCUCAAUGACAGUUCUGACGGGAUCUACAGAACCAGAGCUUCCCAUCAUCACGACGACACAGGAGAGCUUAAUGGAGAAAACAGAACAUUUGGCUCGGAAUAUGAAUAUUGAACCAUGGCAGCUGGUUGCAAUUCUAGUUGGGGUAGGGGUGGUGGUUUUGGGAGUAUGCUUCUGUUGCAUACGGCGGUGUUUCCGCAAGAGACGCUCCAAGGAUGGCAAGAAGGGAAUGAAGGGAGUUGAUUUCAAGUCCGUCCAGCUCCUCGGUUCUGCUUAUAAGGAAAAGGUGCAGCCGGACAUGGAAGAGCUAACGGAGAAUGCAGAGGAACCUGAUGAAGGCGAAGAAAAGAAAGAAGAAAUAAAACUUGGAAAAGUUCAAUAUAAGUUGGAGUAUGACUUUAACAGUAACAGCUUGUCGGUGACAGUAAUUCAAGCUGAAGAAUUGCCGGCUUUAGACAUGGGUGGAACGUCUGAUCCCUAUGUAAAAGUAUAUCUUCUACCUGAUAAGAAGAAGAAGUUCGAAACUAAAGUGCAUCGAAAAACGCUCAGUCCUGUCUUCAACGAAACUUUUGUGUUUAAGAACGUUCCUUACGCUGAUGCUAUGAACAAGACACUGGUAUUCGCGAUCUUCGACUUCGAUCGCUUCUCCAAGCACGACCAGAUCGGUGAGGUGAAGGUACCUCUAUGCCAGGUGGAUCUUGCCCAGACUAUUGAAGAAUGGCGUGAGUUGCAGAGUGUGGAAGGCGAGGGUGGACAGGAUAACAAGUUGGGAGAUAUAUGUUUCUCGUUGAGAUAUGUACCAACUGCUGGAAAACUUACCGUGGUCAUCUUGGAAGCUAAAAACCUCAAGAAAAUGGAUGUCGGUGGUCUCUCAGAUCCGUACGUAAAGAUAGCUCUAAUGCAAAACGGGAAACGGCUCAAAAAGAAGAAAACGAGCAUCAAGAAGUGUACAUUGAAUCCUUAUUACAACGAGUCAUUUACUUUUGAAGUACCAUUCGAGCAAAUACAGAAAGUAAACCUAGUAGUAACUGUUGUGGACUACGACCGUAUUGGAACAUCGGAACCUAUCGGUAAAGUCGUGUUGGGAUACAACGCGUCCGGCACAGAGCUCCGCCAUUGGUCCGACAUGUUGGCGAGCCCGCGACGUCCUAUCGCCCAGUGGCACACCCUGAAGGACCCCGAAGAUGGAGAGAAGAAAGAUUAAGGAGUCGAGAGAAUCGCAAUUCGGUGAACUACGAGAGAAAAUAAACAACGCGAAAAUCGUCAUGAACAAUCAUAUAUUUUUAUCUUAUAUCAUUUGUUGUAGUAGAUACAUAUUUAAAUAGCAGAGUAGUUUAUUUAUACAGUUUGUUAUCAAUGUUCACGUACGAUAACAUUAUUUUUUAUUGGGAAAUUAUGUGAAUUUUCAAUCCACAUAGGAUUUAUGAUAUUUACUAUGUUAAUCAUUAGAAUAACCACGACAAAUAUAAAUCACAAAAAUUCAUAUCUAGAUAAAAACCCUUAUGUGUCGACUGAAGGAUUCUCAAGUAAAUCAGUUUUACUUUAUAGGUACCUAAAUAUUACAGUAAGAUGUAUUUCAAUUUUCAUAUUAAUUGGGGUGUGCUUUGAAUUCCUUGAUUUUGAUAAAUGCGAUAUCAUUAGCGCCAUUGUACGAACUUCUUACUGCAUUAUAAACAAAAAACUAUGUAAAUAAGUUGAAUCCUGUUAAAAUUAUUACAUUCUAUUUUACUAAAAAUGUAAGUGUUAUUAGUCAUUAUGUAUAAACCUUUAAUUGUAAUCGACGUGUUCCUCUUGAGAAGAGAGUAUUUAUGGAUAUUAUUGUAACUAUAUCUAUGUAGGAAAUGCUUCACAUAUAAACUUUUCAUAAAUUUAUUUACAAUUCAACACUCUUUCUUGUGAGGAACAAUGGCCUAGCAAUUAUAAUUUCACAAUAGGAACCAAACUUUUUCUUAUUAUAUUUAUUAACCUUGUCAUUUUGUUUUCUAAUUUGUAGAGUUAAGAAAAUGUAUUAUACAAAUAUGUUAGGCAUACCUAAACUUAUCGAAGUAGAGUUUGUAAAAACAAUUUUUGAAAUAAGAAUUGCUGCUAAAUUGAAAAUGUAUCAGCGUUUAAAACUACUUCAAUAUUAUACUAUCACUUGAUAAUAAUCUAGAAAUUAAUCUACCUAUUUAUUGAAUGUUGCAAGUGUUAAAUUAUUUUUGUCAUUCCCUUAAUAAAUAUUUUUAAGAAAAUUCUAGAUAUUUAUCGCCUGUAAAAAGCAAGCUUUAAUUAUGUUGUAAUUCAAAUACCCAUUUCAUUUACUAUAUUUCUUAAUAGUGUGUUGAUUAGAUGAACAAUAAAAUUAUUUAUGGAAUAUUAAUUAUUCUAUUAAAUAUACCUGAUUAGCUAUUAUGUGCUUGACUGUUGUUGAUCUCAAAUUUGUGUUAUCAUGUAUAUAAUGUAAUCACAUGUUGAAUUUUACGAACACAUAAUAAUAGGAAGUAGGUACAAAAGUCGGGCUUAAUGGAUGUAGAGGAGCACCAACACGAAAAAUGUAGAGAUGUGGGUUCAAGUUCUGUAUUUACCAAUAAAUAUAGAUAUGUUAAUAAAAUAUA